AUGGCAUCCGAAGGAACUCCCGAAAACGACGACAAUGAGCACAAGUCUCUCAAAUACUCUUUACUGGGCCCGUCUCUUACAAAAUCUGGACAAGAUUCCGUAGACCAGUCAAAAGUCUCCGAGAUUAUAUACAACGCCUCAAAGGGAUCCAAAUAUUUCAACCAUGAAGAGGAACGGGACAAAACUUUGACGGUCAAGAUUGAACGAAUAUUGGCAAAGAAGGUUGAAUUGGAGAAGCUUGACUUAGCUCACGAUCGUCGAAGAGCAGACACUGCAAUUGCGGAGCUCGAGCUCACAAGAGAUUUGAGUCAAACAAUCGUCCAUAUUGAUUGCGAUGCAUUUUACGCUGCGGUAGAGGAGCUUGAUCGCCCGGAAUUGAAGAAUGUUCCGUUUUCUGUUGGAAAAGGAGUGGUUACAACAUGCAACUACCAUGCGCGACGAUUUGGGGUCAGAAGUGCGAUGGCAGGGUUCAUAGCGAAGAAAUUGUGCCCGCAACUUAUUCAGGUGCCUUUGAACUUCGACAAAUAUACUGCGAAGGCGCAAGAAGUUCGCGGGAUUCUGGUAGACUAUGAUCCGAGGUUCGAGAGUGCGAGUAUCGAUGAGGCAUAUCUCAAUAUCACGGAAUACUGUCAAAAGAAUGAUAUCGACCCGGAGGCUGCUGUUGAACAGUUGAGACGAGAGGUUCAUGAAAAGACAAAGGUUACCAUAUCAGCUGGUAUUGCAGCUAAUGCGAAGAUAGCCAAAAUAUGUUCGAAUAAGAACAAACCUAAUGGCCAAUAUCGUGUCCCAAAUGAUCGAAUUGAGAUCAUGAGAUUUAUGCGAGAUCUCCCAACUCGUAAAGUCAAUGGAAUUGGUCGAGUGUUUGAGAGAGAGUUAGGUGCCAUAGGGGUAGAUACAUGUGGAGACAUCUAUAAUGUGCGGCAGUAUCUACCGAAAUUAUUUGGAGACAAGACAUUUAUCUUUCUCAUGCAAUGCUAUCUUGGGCUCGGAAGAACAGAUGUCAAACCAGCCGAGGAGUACACACGCAAAAGCGUCGGAACAGAAAGUACAUUUGGUGACAUGGAUGAUCCUACUGAACUUCGAGCUAAACUUCGACAGACAGCCGAAGAGCUGGAAAAAGACAUGCAACGAACACAGUUCAAGGGGCGAACUCUAGUUCUCAAAGUGAAGCUGAAAACUUACGAGGUACUCACAAGACAGGCCGCCCCAUCUAAAGCUGUCUGUUCAGCUGAUGAUUUGUACACAUAUUCCCUUCCCAUGCUGGAGAAACUGGAGGCGGAAAUCCCAGGUAUGAGUUUGCGAUUAAUGGGGCUCCGGUGUACAAAUUUGGUCAGCAUAAAAAAGCCUGACACGAUGGCCUUUUUUGGUUUUCGAAAACAAGACCCUACGGAGAAUGGCAUCAGCAAUUACGAGAGCAAAUCCUUCUCAUCUGGAAUUAAACGAAAAGCCUCGAAUCUCCGAGACAAUGGGUUAGAAGAGCAAUGGGAAGUUUGGCCCGAAGAACUCCUCUUUGAAGAUGCGGAGCGCCAAGAACGGGAGGAAGAACUUAAGAAAAUGGAAAGUUUAAGUCAACGCGAAGAAAAUGAUCCACGACGGCAUCAUGGUAAGGAAAUUCUGCCGAAUCCUAAACCCAUAGAUGAUGCCGUGGUAGAAGAGGAAUGGUGGGAUUGCCCUUUUGCGAAAGGCUAA